GAGGCGCCGCCCUCCCUCCCUCCCUCCCAUCAUGGCGGGCCCGGCGGCGUCGCUCCGCGCGGAGGGGAUCCAGAAGCAGGUCGUGCGGGAGGGCCGCGGGGAGGCCCCCGACUACCGGGACGGGACCAAGGCCACCUUCCAUUACCGCACCCUGCUGUGUAGCCCAGACCAGCAGGUCUUAGAUGACAGUCGUACAAGGGGCAAACCCAUGGAGCUCAUCAUCGGCAAGAAGUUCAAGCUGCCUGUCUGGGAAACCAUCUUGUGCACCAUGCGGGAGGGAGAGCUGGCUGAGUUCUUGUGUGACACAAAGCACGUAGUGUUAUACCCAACGGUGUCGAAGAGCUUGAGAAACAUUGCAGCAGGGAAAGACCCAUUGGAGGGGCAGCGGCACUGCUGUGGCAUCGCUCAGAUGCAUGAGCAUCACUCGCUGGGUUACCCGGACCUUGAUGAACUCCAGCAGAACCCUCAGCCUCUCAUCUUUGCCAUCGAGAUGCUCAAGGUGGAGGGCCCAGGCUCCUAUCGCCAGGAUCCGUGGGCCAUGUCAGACGAGGAGAAGAUGGCGGCUGUGCCCUUGAUCCAUCAGGAGGGCAAUGAGCUCUACAAGCAAGGCAAGGUGCAGGAGGCUGCGGCCAAGUACUACGACGCCAUCGCUUGCCUCAAGAACCUGCAGAUGAAGGAGCAGCCAGGAUCCCUGGAUUGGAUACAGCUGGACCAACAGAUCACCCCCUUACUGCUAAAUUACUGCCAGUGUAAGCUGCUGAGUGAGGAAUACUAUGAGGUGCUGGAUCACUGCUCUUCCAUUCUCAACAAAUACGAAGAUAACGUCAAGGCCUACUUCAAGAGAGCCAAGGCACACGCAGCUGUUUGGAAUGCGGCUGAAGCUCAGGCUGACUUUGCCAAAGUGUUGCAGCUGGAUCCGUCGCUGGGGCCUGUGGUUGCACGGGAGCUGCGCAGCCUGGAAAGCCGCUUGCGUCAGAAGGAGGACGAGGACAAGGCCCGUUUCAAAGGCAUCUUCUCCUAGUGGCCACACUGCAGCCCUCUGUCCCUCGGAGGGACAGCUCGGGCUUUGCGAUCAGUACCCAAGUGCAAGACAGCAUAACUGGACUGUGUGGUUCUUUGACAGGGUCAGCAGGUACUUACUGUCUGCAGAGAUGCUGGAGGAGCUGGCCUUUCUUGUCAACCCAUUUCAUGUCAUCUUUGUGCAAACAGUCCAGUUUGCUGCUGCCAAAGGAAUCAGGGGUAGGGGCAGGCGAAGUCUUUCUGAUUACCCAAGUCAAAGGAGGCAGACAAAGCUUGCUGAGGGGGUGUCUGCCAGCACUGAUGGCUGCCUCUGUGUUACCCCCAGAAGAGAGUAUUUACCCUGUUGCACCACGCUCAGUGCCUUUCCCCCCCCCGUUAGCCAUGGAGAGGGAACCUUUACUUGUUCUGGAGUUCCUUUCUGUGCAGAAGCUUCCCCUUCUGCUGUUUGGAAGCAGGAAAGCUCUGGCUCCUCUCCAUCUCUGCAGUCAUUUUCUCCUUUGGCCACAAGACUGUGUGUCUAAGCUGAGGUGCCAGCAGGAGGCAUGGGGUGUGUGUGACCCUGUGGGGUGUGCAGAAGUGACCAGUGCUCCUUCGUGGCACUUCCUCCCCUCACCACUCCCCCCUCUGGGUGACUAGUAGGAGUUUCGCAGUGCUUAGCCCACUGCUGCCAACACGUGCAUGUGCCCACAGAUACGAGUGUGUGCCAGCUUUCAGUGGGUGUGCCAGCUUCUAGGUUAUGUUGCCCGUUUCUGAGUCAUCGCUGUCUGGGAGGGUGCCCUGGUACCCAGAUGACGACUCCUUUGUGGAGGAAGCUUAGGCAGUGUCUUCAUGCUGGGUAAGGUGGUAAAGCAAAAGGGCAGGUGCUGCGGUCAAGCGGAGUCCAGCAGGUCUUGUUUGAGGAAAAGCACCCAUCAGAAUUGUUGCUUCUUAGCCCAGGCAGGGGUGGCUGCAUUGACCACCCUUGCCACGAACCGUUAAAGAGUUCUGCAUUUCGAGUAUGGUUUUUUAAAUGAUUUUAGCCCGUGGAGGAUGACACUGGUGGGUGGUUCCACGUUCAGGAGCCCCUGUCCAACACCAGCUACUUAAUUCCCUGAUGUGAUGAGAACUGUCAGUGUUCCCUCUUGUUGCUCGAAGUUUUUUUUUUAAUCUGGUUGCCAUUGCAGAUCCAGGGCUGGAAGGAGCUGCAGUAGUUGAGGUUUCUUCACUGAGCCUCUCACUUGUCGUUUGGGCCUUUGGUGCUCAAAGGAGAGAAGAGUCCUCUGUGUUUUUUGGUAACUGAAGUGCCUCCAGCAGCAAAGGUGGCACAGUGGUCAGGAACACCAACAGACUUCAGUCUUUUCUUCCCUUGUCUGAAUUCAGGCCUUAGGAGCAGACAGCAAAGGAAGGUUCCCGUAGGUAUCCAAAGCACGUGUGCCAAGUGAUGCGUUCAGUAGUACAUUCCUCUCUCCCUCCAAGGUUAGUGGUGCUAAGGGUGCUACAGGAUCUCCCUCUCCCAUGCUUCCUCUGAAAUCUCAGCCACAUGGAACAACUCAGAUGUUUUCCACACUAGUGGUCCUUUUUGUCCCAGUGGCUCAUCAAAGGCCAAGAAGGGAGCAGGGGAACAGUGCUCAGUAGAGGCAUCCUCUUCCCUGUCAUCGUCAGCUGCUAAGGAGGUUUCAGUGAUAGAAUCAUUUUCUCUGUAGCAAAAUAUGGUGGGAAUUUCACACAGAUGCAGUGUUUUCUCUUUUGGAAACUGGGCCUAAGAGAAACAGGGUUGCUGACAAGGUUAGAAUGCGAAGGCCAUUUGCCCAGCGCAUUCCUCAGUAGGGAAGGCCCCUGCCCCCGUCCACUGAGAACUGCUUACAUGCUGAAAGGGUGUGGAUCACCCUUUUGCAUACGGUCCAAUACCCACACAUUGUUGGGAGGGGAGCCACAUUGGCCAGUUGGGGGAUGCUGAAUUGACUGUGGAGACUGCCUGCUUGGCUGGUCACAUGUUGUGGGGAAGGGAUGAUUCCAGGCUCGCUCUUCUUCGUUUAACAGGUGAGGAGGGCUGUCAGAAAGGACAGUAGUGAUCAAGAUGGUGUUUGGGGCAGCUUCACUUAUCGCAGUGGUGAUCUUAGGGGCGCUUGUUUCAGGUAUUCUGUUUCCCCUGCCACACACAUACAUGCACAUACACACACACCUUUCCUCUGCAUAGUUCACAGCCUCCCCACCCCCCGGGGGGAUUAAUUUUUCAAGCAGUAUGCCCCAUCCCCUUCCACAGUCCUUUCCGCUUCUGCUGCAGGUAUUCCCUCGCAACUCUUUCGGGUCAGGCCUGAUGUCAGAUUUCUGCCUUGAUGGACCUGUUCUCUGUUGCACCAGUGCAGAAGGCCUGAGCUGCUGCUUCCAUAUUGUUGAGCGUAGACAGACACCCUUUCCCUGCCUUGUCCGGCCACUUCAGCCUUGGGCGGUCAGAGGUGGGGGGAGGACGGUGUUGAGGUCAAGUGGGUGAGAAUGGACAGUCCUGUGGCAAAUCUGUCUCAAGAGACAGAAGUGUUAAACCAGCUGAAAGUUCCAGAGGCAUAAGGUAUUGGGACCAGGAGGGGAAGAAGGAAAUGACUGCUUCCGCCCUCUCCCUACAUGACCCUGCUCCCAGCACUUCCGUGCAGCUUUGACCAGCCACACUGGGACUUUAAGGAGCCUAGUUCCUCCCAAUGGUUCAGGGACACAGAUGGCUGUUUCCAUGUUGUAUGAAUAAAGCAAGCUUACUUUUAAAAACUGGCUCAAUCCAACCAGCAUUAAUCAUUUCUCAGCUGCAUUGAGUUCAAGGGGAGAGAGUGAAGCAGAAGACCUGCAUACACAGGCUGAACUUGUGUCACUGAGAGCUAUGAGACUUAAGGAUGCUGAACAUAAGAGUGUCCGAACAUUUUUGUAGAGUAAAGCUCUGUCAUGUGCAGCAGCCCCCUCGGAGCAGCAAAAUGGGACCUUCUCCCUGCCAGCUCACCCACAACUUACCACCAGUGCUGUCUGCCAUCUGAUCCACUGUUUGCGAGAUGGAACAGCUACUGCCCCUGUGUGCUACAGAACUGUUGGGAAACACAAAAGCUCAUUGGACAGUGUCACAGCUUCGCUUAAGCAGCCACCAAGCUAAGUACCUGCAGUGCUGUUUGCUGUGAGCCUUUUUUUAGUAGUGUGCUUCAGUAGCUUCUAGAGCAGGGCUGUGGCGAUAUGAGGUUCAUAAAUAUAGCAGUGCUUUUAUCUGGGCUGACAAAUACAACAUGCAUGUAUGUAACACCCCUUCCCCCCCCAAGUGUGUUAACUCUUUCAGUGGAUGUAUUACCUUUUCCUCUCAAAUAUAUCUUCGAAUGCUAGUAUGCAUGAUUUAAAAACAAUACAUGUUCCCACCUCUGUAUUCGUGUAAAGUAGACUAUUCAGUUUGGGGUUUUGUUGGGCUGGGCAGGGAUCCGAACAGAGCAUGGAACAGCAGAAGUGGUCACAAUAUGCUUUUGUGCUUGAGCAGCUUCCAUUUAUUCCAGUGGGUUUUGGGCAGCAUGACUUGUCUAAAUAACUAUGUAUUCAAAUCAAAACCCUACUAUCCAGAGUCCUCUUUAGGGAGAAUGAUGGGAGAUAUCACAGAGCUGUGUAUAACAGAUUACAAACGCAAGCACUGUAACAAAAGGCUUUUGCUACCUUUGUAAUGAUUAGAAGUGCAUUUACUUUAGAGCUAGAAAAGUGGGCCUGCUUUUGUGGAGACCCCAUAUCUGUGUGUGUGUGUGUAUUGUCAGUCUCACUUGGCGAACACCUGGACAUUCUGUGAGCGCAGAUCACUUACUGCAAGUGCAAAUCAAGGGCAGAAUGCAAGCUUGUCCAACUGUAAUAGCCUUUGGGAAAUGAAAACUAAAGCCAAACGAAGCUUCUCAUCUGUGUUUCUGGUUCAUAGGUAUAGCCGGGUUUUUUUGUUAAUAUAAGAAUCAAAAGAUUUAAAAGUAGCAAUUUUGAAAUUGUCCUAAUGUCCGAGUAGCAGAGGGUGGAAGGCUGAAAAAAAUGGCAGUGCUUCUCCAGGUCCAUUUUGAUACCACCAUUGAGUUGCCAUUGAUAACAAAAUUCAUAAUUUUCUUUCCCAAGAAUGAAAACAUGCAAUUAGGUAAGGGGUGGGUGUAAUCACUGAAACGUUUUUGCACACAUUCUGUAUUCUAUUCAGACUCUUGAACAGGGCUGCUGUUAAUCCAGUCAGAAAUAAA